UGAAGCCACAUAAAACCCACGAGACCUCCCUAGUAAAGGACGCAUACAAAACGUAUUAUGAAAACCUUUAUUUUACUAUGCUUAAGUGCUGCGGCUUUUGCUUAUCCCAAAUGUCCAGAAAAUCAGUAUUACGAUGUUUGUGGAAGUGACUGUCCGUUGACAUGUGACAAUUUCAAUACACCCGAGGAAGAAUGCGAUCGCAUGUGCAAACGUGGAUGCCACUGCGAAGAAGGAUAUCUGAAAACAGAUGGGAACCGUUGUGUGAAGCCAGAAGACUGCCCAAGUCACAAAAAUGAUGUUAAGAAAUCUUGCUCUGAUAAGCCUGAUGCAGGUCCGUGUAAAGCUAUAAUCCCAAAAUGGUAUUAUGAUUCAGCCAGUGGAGUUUGCUCCCAGUUCAACUACGGAGGAUGUAGAGGAAACGGAAACAGAUUCGCUACCGAAGAUGAAUGCCUGAAAUUUUGCAAAGGAAAAUGAAAUCAUUGAAAGCUAUACUAAACUGCAGUUUCCAAUCCUUGUUAUGUUGUUGGCUUUCGGCAGAAAAUUUAAAUGCUAAUCUCAAGCUUCUGUAUGGAUAUUUAGAAAUUCACGAUCAGUUCCAUUUCUUUGCUUGGUUGACUUAAUUGUAAAAGACGAGAAAUUUUAUUAACUAAAUUAAAUUUCCCAUUCAUUGAAUUUAAUAAGUUAACUAUGUCUGAUUUUAUGCUUAAUUAACAGGAAUCAUUAAACAGAUUUUAUCAGAAAUUACACACUCGAUCAAGAUGUCUCUGUAACAUAGUCCAAAAGCAUAGAUAAUGUAGUCUUCCCAAAUGAAUAAUGAUGUAACGCCUAUGUUUUAAAAAUAAAGAACCUAUAUAUAUAAAAUUA